AUGAUUAUCUUCAAGGACAUCAUCACCGACGACGAGCUCAUCUCGGAUGCCUACAAGAUCAUCGACAAGGGCGUUCUAUACGAGGUCGACGCAAAGAGAGUCACAAAGAACGCUGACAACAUCCCUCGAGGGGAGCCAACCCGUCCGCUGAAGAGGCCGAUGAGUUGCACCGAUGAUGCUGCCACCACCGUCAUCGACGUCGCUGACGCCUUCAGACUUUCCCCCGUACCGUUCGACAAGAAGGGAUACACCUCCGCCCUCAAAGCCUACAUGAAGAGUGUUGUUGAGAAGCUCAAGGCGGCCGGCAAGAGUGAAGAAGAGGUCAAGGAGUUCCAGACCGGUGCUCAGGCUGCCGCAAAGCCCAUUUUGGGCGGCUUCAAAGACUACGAGACCUACACGGGCGAAUCCAUGAACCCCGAUGGAAUGAUUGUCCUCCUCAACUACCGCGAGGACGGAGUCACCCCAUACUUCACCUUCUGGAAGCAUGGCCUCAAGGAGAUGAAACUCUAG